AUAUGUUUCAAGCUUUAAAACAAAGAAGUUCUUUCAAAUGUUUGUCGAGUCUGGUGAAACCAUCAGCACAAACAGGAACAGGGCUAAUGAGAUUGGCCACUCCAUGCACUUCGAUCGUAUCUGCUCAAAGAUCACCCUUUUCAUCAAAUAUUGUAAGGAUCGAGAAGAGUCUGCAAUCACUGAGAACCUCUUUAGAUAAUGAAAUCAACUACGAGAAUGAGAACUAUGAGCCUGUGAAGCAAGCUGAGGAGUUCUUGCAAUACUCUGGAUUCCAGUUGGUAGAAAACGAGAAUCCUUAUUUCAUCACAAUUUCAAAGAGAGUUUACGGAAUGACUGUCAAAGUUAGCUUCGAAAGUCAGCCCCCAGAAAUAGACGACUAUGAUGAAGGAGAUAACCAAUCAGAACAGCCACAAGAGUUCAAAGACAUGUUUGAAGAUAGUAUUCAUGAUGUCACUGUCACUAUUUGCCCAGGAGAUGAAAAUGGAGAAGGUAUGAUAGCAGAACUCACUAUCCAUGGUGAUAAACUUUAUAUUGUUCAUAUGGUCAAGGUAGAAAAUGUUGCAGAAGUCAUGAGACUUAGCAGGUACGAAAGAAGCUCUACAAGAUAUUUGGGUCCAGAAUUUGACUCGUUAGACCCAAGCCUUAAACAGGCACUUCAGGAAUAUCUCGGAGACCUUGGAAUCAACGAUGAUAUUAUCGCAUUUGUUGAUGCCAUGGCCUUGGAUCAAGACCAGAAGCUCUACAUGAAAUGGUUGCAGCAAUCUAAAGAUUUCUUAAUCCAAUAAAUCA